AGACCCCCAGGAGAGGAAUCUGUGGCCUUUGACCAUGCUGUCCUCGCACACAGAGUCAAGCAGGCAAACCAGAAGGUGAGGACCUGUACAGAAAAGGCACAUUUGUGCCAGGAGGUCUCACACCUGGACACAAAGAAAGCCAUCGCAGCCCUGCCAACCACAGCCAGGACAAUGUCCUAGCCCUAGGAGUUUAGCCCUGUCCACCUGGCAGCUUUGCAGAGUGUGACCCAGCACUGCCCGCAUUCUGUGCCCUGCCCAGAGGUGUGGGGCUGGCUGUGGAGGCCCCGAGCCUGUCGCUGAUGGGGCUCUUCUGCUCUUUCCAGCAAUGCUGUGUUUGCGGCGAGAGGGGGGCCGCCAUCACAUGCGCAGAGAGCGGCUGUGAACGCAGCUUCCAUCUGCCCUGCGCUGCGGAUGGCGAGUGCAUCACCCAGUACUUCGGAGAGCACAGGUCCUUCUGCUGGGAGCACCGCCCUCGACAGGCAGCAGUGGCAGCUCCAGCUGAAGACACCUCCUGCGUCAUCUGCCAGGAGACCGUGGGGGACUGCCCGUCCUACCACACCCUGGUGUGCCCAGCGUGCACACACACCUGGUUCCACCGGGCCUGCAUCCAGCAACAUGCCUUGAAUGCUGGCACGGUGUGCUUCCGCUGCCCUGCUUGCAGAGACAGUACCGUCUUCUGCACGGAAAUGUCCACCAUGGGGAUCCAAAUCCCAGCCAGAAGACCGCUAUGGGAAGACAACCGCACGUACACAUCACUGCUGGAGAGGCACAGGCGCUGCGACGCCAGGAAGUGCCUUUACCCCCGAGGCAGACGGCAGGCAGAUCUAAGGGGGCCCUGGCAGCUGAUCCUGUGCAGCUCCUGUGCUGCUGUGGGCACCCACCGACGGUGCUCCUGCUUGAGCAACACAACCACCACCUGGGAGUGCGACAGCUGUGCUGGCCUGGGUACCGCCUCCAGCACCAUCGCGCAGCUCACUGCACUCAGUGCUGCCAGCCAGGACGGCCAGGGGACAUCCCACAGCCUCCAGCAACCAGAGCACAGCAGGGCCGGCCCCACCAGCCAGGCAGCAUCAGCGCCAUCACACACUUCCCAGCUGCCACAGCUCAGCAGUCAGAACAGUGAGUCGGGACAGACAGAACACGGGACAACCCGCUCACAUUUUCCUGACCCUCAGGAUGCAUCUGAGCUGCACCAAGCACACUGUGGCAGCAGAUGUGCAGCAGCACCAAGCGCUGAAAGCAGCUCACACCCAUCCACCAGACGGGGCACAUCGGGAUCCUCCAGAGCAGCCAGAGCGCCUGCGCGCAGGAGGCAUCCCAGGCAGCAGGGAACAAGCCGGUCACGGAGCCGCUCCCCGCUGCAAGGUCCGGCUCCUCGUUCCCACAGCCGGACCAGAAGACCUCAAGGCAGCAGGAGAACAGCAGCUCCAGCUGCUCAGAACAGCACCCACAGCACCAGCAGAGCAGCCACACAGAGGACCUCGAGGGCUUCCCUGCCUUCACACACUGGGGAACGGCCCAGGCAGCCAGGGGAGGCCCGCAUGCAAAGACGUUCCUCAGUGGCACAUCGAGCCCCACAUGUCAGCAGCCGGCCCUGAGGAGGCUGCAGGACACGGUACCAACAGCAGGGGCUGUUUCCUUGUGGCUAACAAGGCCAAUUGCAGCCUGGGGUGUUGUCAAAAGUGAGUGGCCAGGAGCACGAAAGAUGUUCUACCUGGAGUGUUAUAAUAAACCUGCCGUAGCAGGGGGAGCUGGACUAGAUAAUCUCCUGAGGCUGCUUCCAACUGCUACGAUUUUUUUGACUGACCAACUAUAUGCAGCUGCUUUUUUUUCCAAAAUAGUUUUCAUGGACUUGUUUUCAAAUUAUUAUCAUUUUCUAUUUUUAUAUACAUUAUAUUUUUUUAUAUUUUAUUAUUUUUUAUAAUAAAAAUAUAAUUACCAGUCUUUUGUCAAGUCUUGAGAAUAUUACGAAUCCAGUAUGUGGAGGCAAGGCAAAACAUAUCCCUCUUAAUUAUUCAACACUGUCCUGCCUGUACAUAUUUACUACAACUACGGAAUAGCCUCUCUCCUCAUGUGUGCAUACACUAGUGUGAAUUAAUUCAUUUUCCAGCAGUAUGCAGUAUGAUCCCCACUAAUGACAUGGGUUUUCCCCAAGGGAACUAAAUGGAUUGUCCAUGCCAGUGCACAAAAUGCACAAAACAACUUCCAGCUCCAGCAGAGAUUAUCAGAUUGCUCAGAGUAUGACCUGUCAGGCAGCAUUUUUCAACCUGCUCAUCCAUAAUCUCUUUUAGAUGGGUUUCCCCACCUCCUUAUCCUUCCUGCUUUGUUUUGCCUGAAAUUCAAUCAAAGAUGAAUUAGGUUUUAGAAAACAACCAACACUGUGGCUAUUAAGUUGCACUGGAAAUUGUAGACCCCUGUGUUAAUUCUGCUAUAGCUUUUACUUCUUGCAUUUUAAUGCAAAAUUGCUUCCCUCUGGAGACUGCCACUGAUAUUGGCAUGAAAUCACAAGGGGCUCAAAGUGAACUCCAGCACCAAUAAAAAGGAGCUAACUGAACCUGAGCACACAUUAAGAAUUGCAGGAAAACAGACAGAACUUUAAUCACAAUUCUCUCAAAUGCAGCCUGGGAUUUAGAAAUGCUGUUAUUCUAGGAUAGGACCCUAAUAUAGUGCUUAAUCAAAGCCACUGCUAGCACGAGAAAUAACCCGGUGACUUUAAUAAAAAACAAUUUCAUAGGAGUCAGUGUGUCAGGAUCACACCAUAUGUAAUAUAACAAACUGCAGAAAGGAGAAUGACCGGACUUUGCUGAAUGUUUUUGUACAUUUCUAAAGACACUUAAGAUUUCUCCUACAUUUUGACCAGAGAACUCCUAUUUGCUCUGCGUUACAGAACUCCAUUAAGAGCUCUCUAAAAUUACCAUUUGUAUUUGUUGUCGCUGUUGUGUCGUAGCAGUAAGAAAAGCACAGAAGGUACAUGUUUAAAAACGCCAUUCAAGCAGCAGUCAUACUCUUAUUUUAAAAGACCUACAUCAGCAAAAACUGCCUUUCCUGUACUGACAGCAUCCUGACCCACUGAAUGCCAAGCCAAGUCUAAUGGCUGCAAUUUGGUUUCAAGGUGGCAGAGGAAUGGGCACAAACCCAAGGUAUUCCCACGUCAAGUGGUAUACUCCCUAAGAGCGGAAGCUUCUUCCUGCAGCAAUGCUCAGAAGCCUGGACAACAGUAUUUCCAAUCUGUGUUCUAUCAUCUGUAACUGCAGUCUGGAAAUCCAACAUUCUCUCUUUAAAAAUAGAUAUAAGACAUUCUGCAUCUGAAAGGAGUAAAGGAGUACUGAGUUCAGAGGUCCCCCUCUGCUGUGGUCCUAACCUUUCAGCUUCAAAGAGCCACAAAACUUACUUUGAAAAGUACCCCUCAUCAAGAAAAAUCAGAGGCAGAAGAAUCCUCAUCUGAUGCAGGACUGCUCAGACAGCACUUUCCCCCCUAUUUUUCCCCUACAACGGCUACUUACAAGCGAGGAAAGCAGCGAAGCUCCAACACAGGAAGGGAGCUGUGUUAUUGCGAGUGACACUCAGUAAUACAAAGGUCCCACAACACAGGAGAAACUGCAGAACUAAAAGGUUUCCCACCUCCCCCAGAAUUUUAAAAUCUGUACUGCACUCCUACAGCAAGGUGCUGUGCUGCAGGGUGCAGAGAAAGAAGUUAUCUGUUGGCACCAGGAGUGGGCAAGCAUGGGUCCUCUGUGGGUUCUGCACCCCAAAAGCUGAUGGCAAGCCCAACUAUCCAACAGAACACUGCUGGGCAAUUGCAGUGACGCUCCACACUCCAACCCAUGGCAUUUGAUAUAAAUCAAUGCACUGACGUCAGCCAAAAACUGCUUGCUCUUCAAGGAGGAACUUCCAUCCUUUUCAAAGAAUCACAGGAUCAUUAAGGUUGGAAAAGACCUCUGAGAUCAUCCAGACCAACCAUUCACCUACUACCAAUACUGCCCACUAAAUCAUGACCCUAAGCACCACAUCUCCACAUUUCUUAAGUGCCACUAAGGAUGCUGACUCUACCACUUCCCUGGGCAGCCUGUCCAAUGCCUGAACACUCUCACUGAGAAGAAAUUCUUCCUAACAUCCAACCAUUUAAUAAUGGGAUUUUUAGGUAUGGCUGAUGCUUGGCUCAGCUGUCCAAGAGCAGAGAAAAUCAAUGGGUAUAGGCAGGGAAAGUGACUGUGCCUCUUGCCACCAGCCAGCUAAUGGAGUGAAGAUUUUCCCCAUCUACACACACACAUAAAACUCAGUCGUAACUGAGCAGAAGAAGAGUCUGGAAGAACUAAGGCUGGAAACCAUCAGUCUAUGACGAUCACCUUUGCCACUGAGAUUACAAGGCCUGCCAACAAUUACCCCUGAAUCAGACCUAAUGCAAAACAGCUUUAUAACAUUAGAACAAAGCUAUGCUCUCCGAGCACACCAUGCUCUAACUGGUUAAACCAAUGGCUUUGCCUGUAGAGUAGAAUUACAAUGGGGACUUUGGCUGUAGAGGUUAAUACCUGCAAAGAUCCCUAACUGGCAGAAAUGUGUGAAUAGCUGUAAUGCUGUAAACUCUGCCAGAAGACUGGUGCCCAUUACUAGAAUGCAACAUGACAUGCCUCUCACAGGAUCACAGCAGAUGAAGGUGCAAAAGUACCUGCUCUCUUCCGCUGCAAAGAAAAUGACAAAGCCCUUCAGUGCUGGGCUGCUAUGCUACCACUUAACUCAAAGACUGCAGAGGAGAAUGGUGGAGAGAAGGAGCUGAAGUCUGAGAAAUAUCAUACAAACAUCCAUUAUUCUAAAAAUAAUAGGUUUCUGAACAAGAUUGUCACGGCUGCUACUUUUGUCAUAUGUACCACACCCUAAGCCAGACCUCCAAGUAACCCAGUGCUUUUUUUACCUUUCUUUGCCAUGUAACAUCCUUUCCUAAUGACAGUUUUAAAUGCACUCAUGCUCAAUGGACUACUGCUUUAUACUACACAUUUAAGCACUGCAGCGUACCCUCCUUUUCCAGCCAUCCUGUUGAACUAAUUCAAACUAUUAGCAGCUUUACCUACAAGAAAAGAUGCUCCAAGCUUCAAGGAGACAGCUACAGUUUCACCAGGGGAGGAAAUGAAAAAAAAAAAACAAAAAACAAAAAACAGGCAGCACAAAGAAGCUAGUCUAACAAUGAGAGAAAUGUCAAGAAAUAGAAAUGUCAAAUCCCUUAGGGUGGAUUAAAAAAAAACCCAACUCCAGUUCAUCUCCAAGCAGUGUAUUCUGUAAUGAAAUUACACUCCGUAGUCAUCCCCUGGGGGAAACCUGCUCCAACUAAUCAGACUGUUGUUUUUAAAAGUUCAAAACAAAUGCAAGAAGGGCUAUGCAGCAUUCAUGCCCUCGAUGCCAAGAGCUCCAUUUAACUCUUCACAUGCAAAUGAUUCUUUCACCACCAGGAACCACAAAAAGCGACUGUGUGUCAAUACUGAACUAGUUCAAGAUACUGAAUGCUCUCCUUGAUGCUUACCACUUAGGGCAUCUUAGCUCGGUCUUUUAAAUCAGCCUUCCAAAGCUCCCCAACAGCAAAUCAAAAGGCUCUUCUACCCUUCUUCAAUCCUCCAAAAGCCUUUGCAAUGCCAUCAUUUCACAUGAUGCCCCUCAUAUUCUUGGCAGCUCAUGAUUCUGCCAAAUUCUUUUUUCUUAAUCAUUAUUUUUUUUAAAUAUACUUAACCUAGAAUCAUAGAAUGACUUGGGUUGGAAGGGAUCUUAAAGCUCAUCUAGUCUCAACUCCCUUCUACGGGCAGGGUUUCCACUCAGAUGAGGCUGCCAGGGCCCAUCCAACCUGGCCUCCAAGAACUCCAGGGACAGGGCACCAUAGAAGAAAUGGUCACUGAUUUACAGCAGCAGAACUGAGAUUGCUUCUCAUCCUCUGAAAUGCUUCACUUAAAUAUCAACAGUGAUCACCUUUGUGGAGAAUACCAUCAGCUAGAUGGCAUUAUAAUCCAUUAUAAUUGGUUCAACUUAAUGCUCUUGAAGGUCUUUUCCAGCUCAGAUGAUACUAUGCUACAUUUCAAGCUCUGUUACAUGCCUUCAGCACAGCUACAAAGCAAGUGACCGAAGCACUCGUGGCUUCUUCUGCAGCUUCAGUGCCACAGGAUAACAACAGCAAUUUUUACACUGAUGGAAUUUUGGCUCUUCCCAAUAUGCACCAAAUGAGUCGAACAAAAUAGACACACUAAAUGCAAUCUGGUCCAAAAUCUCUGGGUAUCACUGUUUCACACCAUCCAGAUCUACAUCAUAAGCCCAGAUGCUAUAAAAAUCAAAACUGUCUUAAGAACAGUAAGCACUUGGAACUUUCACUAGCUAGGUUCUUUGUACAAAAUGUCAUAGUCUUCAGUCACCUCAUAUAACAAAUCAAAAGGAGAGCUAUCGUAGAACUGAUUUAACUGAAGAGUAUUUUGGUGUGGGCAUAUCUAUAAGCACAAGUCCAUGCAGAUGUUACUGAGGGAUGAAUUUGGUGGCUCAAGCACAGCAGUGUUGGACAGCAUUGCUGCAUCCAAGCCAGAGUACAGGCAGAGCAUACACCAAUAUCCACCUGCACCAAUGAACACCUCUGCAUUUUCCAUGUAUACUCUAUUGAGAAAUGGAAGUUUAAUAUAAGUUAGGAUACUUUUAAACUUCUGUCUCAAAAGGAGAAGUCUACUACAUCGAGCUUUUGGAGUUCAAUGUCUCUCAUCUGUAAACAGGUGAUAAAACUGAUCUCAUCUGUUAGACAAGGGACCUUGCUUACUUGCUUUCUGCUUGGCAGAGCCAGCAAACUGUCAAAUUCCAACACAAUUUUUCUUACAAUAGGAUUGCCAAUUUGGACAGCAUUGUCAUACACAGGGUUUGAAUUCUGGGUGGUGCUGCACUGAAUCAAAAGAUGGACCCAAUGAUCCUUGUGAGUCUCUUCCAACUCAGGCUAUUUGAAGAUUCAGUGAUUUAUAAUAGAUAAUUCCUCUAGGAUGUUAUGGU